AGUUUACGAGAGUUGUGUGGAUGACAUCCGGGCAGAGGUGCUGCUAGUAGGCCUGCAGACUCACAAGGGGAUCACCUGCCUUGACUUGCACCACAAUCUCCUCACCUGUGCAUCUGUGCCCCGCCUCGUCACCCUCCUCACCUCCACACACCUGAUCACCCUCCACCUCCAACAUAACAGCAUAGGUGAGGCUGGUGGAAGGCAGCUGGGAGCAGCGCUGGCCCAGACUCCUCAUCUGGAGGCACUGCUGCUCGAUCUCAACCCCUUAGGUGUGGCAGGCGGGGCAGUGUUAGAGGGCGCAGCUCAGGGAGCAGGAAAGCUCAAGGUAUUAUCAAUGGCUGGGUGUCGCCUGACUGAUGUCUGCUGGCCACAUCUUACUGCAGCUCUCACCUCACUCCCUAAUCUCCGCUAUGUCUCUCUGGCUGCCAACCCUUUCACACAGGAGCCACCAGCAGAGGUGGUGGAAGCUGCUGAGGGCGGGCCACGGGUGUUGCUGACCAACCUGGAUGGUACCACGUACCUGCUGGGGCAAGUCAGGGUGGCACGUUUCCUGCCGCCUGCCCUGCGUGAACUUCAAGACCAUCUGGAGGGGCCACUCACUCUGGCAGCAACACAAGAUGAUCUGGCUCACUACCUUUCGCUCCAUGGCUUACGUCUGCAACCUCAAGACUUUACCAUUGAGGAGGAACUGAGGGGAAUGUGCCUUUUCAACAAAGAUCCCAAGAAUAUUUUAUAUUAAAAAUUCUUUGCGUAUAACUUAAACUGAGUGGUGUACAACUGUUGUUUAUAUCAAUAAACUAGUAUUUCAAUUAUA